AUGCGGGGGGCGGGGCCGCGCUCGAAGGACCAGCCUGAGCCGAGGACGCGCCUGGCAGUUGGAAGCCGGCAGCCGCGCAGCGAGGAAGAGAAUGAGCCGCGAGGGGAGGAUGAGCCGAAGCCAGCAGCUGGGGGACCGGAUCGCGGGAGAGAAGGGGCCGCGGAGGAAGGUGCGAGGGGCGCCUGGGUCCUCGGGGGGGGGGGGUUCAAAACGGGGAGGGGGAUCUCCGGCGCCGAUCACUGAAGGAACUUGGUUCCAUUCUUUCUCCCUGCUUCGCAAGUAAAGAUAUGCUUGGUUUUUUGAGGAGGGGUCUCCGCGUUGCUAACGCGCUCCUAGAACUGGGAAGUGAAAGGGGGGAACUAGCCCCCGCCCGGACUUCAUUCAGAGUUUGAGCCCCCAGUCGGCGUGGCUUCCCCUGUCCCCUAAACACGCAGGUAGGAGGCACUCUGCUUUUAACGGGGUGCCCCUAAAACCGACUCGCCCAUUAAGCCUUUGCUUUCUCCCCAACCCUGCUCUCCACACAGAGAGAGCAAAAAGCUCGAUGGAUGGGCCUGCUUACUUUAACGGCGAGAAUGAAAAAAUAAAGAUGGAAGAGGCUUUAUUCGUAGUUCUUAGGGGUGCUGAUGUGUAAAGAAGGGCGCCUCCAUUAAAAAACCCGUUAAGCAAAAAUCCAAAUACAACUGAGGGAAUUGCAAGUUUAGCAAUGAAUUCAGUGAACGUGGGCACAGCUUUUUUAUUUUAAAAAUUGUGCUGGGAGCCCUGUUUUUUCAUUGCCUUUUGCUGGCAUUGAUAUCUUUCAGUGUUACUGUAUCUGCUCAGCUAACGGAAGGAAGAUUGCUGCUGUACUGGGUGGUGGACAAACCCCCUAAAUUUUGCUAGUUCGCUUCACUUCCAACAUGGAGAGGGAAACACUUAUUGGUCUUGUUUGGUGUGCUAAAAUAGCUUGGAAUUAUGGGCUCUCUGCCCGCUCUUGAGGCUACAUCCUUUCAGACAGCUGGACGUACUGUUGGUUUCUGCCAAGAGAUGUUGGAGCGCAGCCUUUUUCACUGCAAGCAGUUCUGUGGGUUUAGAAAACAAAAUCUGCCUUCUGUGAGAAUUUAGGGGUGCCUCAGAGGAGAGGGAAGCAGGAUGCCCCAGUUCUCAUUUAUGCAAGCAGUAGUAGCCCCUGUAAAAGACUGCAAAGCUGCCUGCUGGGGCACACGGAUGACUUGAAAUGCCUGUUCGCAUGGCUCCUUGGGGAUCCUUUUCUCCCCCAACAGGCUGCAUAACAGUUCCUCGAUCCCCAACUCUUCUGGUUUGUUGCAUCACUCAGGGCUGAUGAAAACCUGUGGUGCAUCCCUGGUGCAUGCUGCAUUCCUGUGGGGUUCAUGCCACUGUUGCUGCCUUGCUCUUCAACUCGGGGCAGCGCAGGGUGUCCUUUGAUCUGUCUAGUGGACCCUUGCAGAAGAAACAGGGGGUAAAGUCUCUGUACAGAGAGAGAUAAGUGGCCUUCUGACAAUUUUCUUAAAACAAUAUUUCAGGCAGCUUAAUUUCAGGACUGUUGCAUUUUGUCAAAAGGUAGUCUCUAUACAAAUCAUAGGUUUUUAAAAAAAUUGAGGCCAUAUCCUGGAUCAUCCAAGGUCUUGAGCAGUGCCAUACAGUGGGUAGAGUUGGACCUAUGUCAAAACCUCUGCUCGUCUCUUAAGUUCAUUUGGUGACCUUUGGCCAGUCACUAUCUCAGCCUCACCUAUUGUGCAAAGAAAGCUCAAUGGAAAUAAUUGUAUGCUGUGCCAGGUUUUUGGAAGGGUGGGAUACCAGCAUAAUACAUUUCUCUCUCAUAGUUCUCCCAGCUGCACAAUAGAUGCAUAGGGAGUGAUAAAUCUAAAAUGAUUCAAAAUCAUUGAGUCUCAAUUUUGUGUGUCGAAAAGGGCCUGAGCAUAGAACUUCACAGUAUCAGCUGUGGCCAAUAACACAACCGUUACAAGGGGAAAGUCAUGGGUUAUCUGCAUUUGGCAGUCUCUAAUUCUGCCAGGUUCUGUUAUUUCAGAGCACCGAGACUUCAUAGAACCUUAGGUACACUACUUUAUUGAAAGGGAUCAAUGCAGUGCGUUGCUUUUUGAAUUUAUGUUGCCUCUGGUGUGGAAGAAGGAAGGAGAUCGUUUCCAAGCAUGUGAGAGCAAUGGGCACUCCCUUCCAAAACUAGAAGCAAAGCACAGUACAGUAUCUUAAGAACUGAUGGAAACAAACUGAAAGAGGGCUGUGCCACAGCGCCAUUCCACCUUGCUGCAUAGCUUAAAGUGAUAGGUGUUGCCUGGGUAUAUUUCUCUCUGCUACCUCUGCAGUGGAAAUGGAACAAGAUGAGAUCAUUAUGCGGUGAUAUCAGUAGUCAAAAUAUAAGUCUCUCCUCUUUUUCCCACAGCUUCGAAUGAAAAAUCGCAUCCUAAUACACCAUCACACUUGAAAACUGGUAAGAAUAAUUUGUUCUGAUUUCUGCAAUGAAUCAAAAAAGGAAGGCACUUAGACUUCAUAGAGUGAGGUGUACGGCACUCCUACAGGCAGUCUGUGUAUUUAGACAGCACAUGUUGGACUUUGGAUGAAGGGGCUGCUGUCCUGUUAUGCUUGGAUGUAAGGACUGUUGAACUCAAGUAGGGCUGAACCUCCGGAAUAAACAUUCAUUGCAUUUGUGUCACAGCCUAUGACAGACACAGUAUCUGACUGCAGCUGCAUUGAUGCAAACAGGUACUGUUUAGCCAAGCAGAGAAAUGCAGUGGGAUGUAAUGGGCAUUGGGAGAAUGGGGUGCAUGGAACUAACAAUGCAAGUAAGUAACUUGUUCCUAUUUAACCAUUGCCGGAACAUUUAGAGUUGGCUGGCCUUUGUUCAUGUGAAUGCAGCUCUGGCCAUCCCAGGUCUACCAUAAAUGAAACCAUAAAACCCUAGUUUAAGAUUUAGGGGGGAACCAGAGCAAUGUUUUGUGAGGGGGGUGGCUGAAGGAGAGGAAGUUCUGUGAGCAGGAGUCUGCUCACAUGAUUUUGGAUACAACCCUUGAUGGAACUCAAGGUUGAAUUUAGCUGUGUCCUGGGAAUUAUUCUAUCUGUGCAUUAAUUAGGUUCCACUUUGUUUAGUUUCAGUUGCUGUACUUCAGGCCAUAGCCCUGGAACCUGUGUCUGGACUGCAUCUUAAUAUAGACAGUAUUCCUUAAAAAGUCUUGUUAGGUAUUACUUUAAAACAAGGCUUUACCUCCACUGGGACAGAUCUGUAAAAUAGAACCCUAAUCAGCGUUCUCUCGUGAUUCUAUGAUUAUAUCUCAGAGCAAGGGAGAAAUCAUUUCUGUUUUCUGCUGUGUUCCAGGACAUCUCCUGGAGAAAAGCAGCUGACACAAACAUCUUUUUUUAAAAAUAAAUAAGCAACUGUGUAUCAUGCUUCUAGAAAAGAAUUUGUAUGACUUCCAUUGCUCAGCAGGUUAUCCAUGCCUUGCCCUCUAGCAGGCAAGGGGCCCCCUCACCACCAGGUAGCAUGGCCAAUAGUAAGGUAUGAUGGGAGUUGUAGUUCAGCAGCAACUGAAGAGCCACGUGCCCCCUUGCCUUCCUCUAGACUAGUCUGUGUUAUAAUCACCAAGUCAGAGAGUAAUGCAACUGAAGAAUGGUACUUCUACUGAAGGCAUGUUCCAGCCUGCCCCAAGGCCACAAAGAAAGGAAAUGCUUAACAUCUGAGGCUGCAGGAAUGCUUGGCUUGGCACUCACAGACUGUCUUGUGACAGUGACUCAGCUCUUAUUUCCAGCAUGAGAGAUUUCCAGUGUGAAAGGUACUGAGAUGUUAACAUCUGCGCUGGUCUCCCUGGGCAGGAUACCUUAUGCCCCUAGGAAAGGUCAUGAAUAUGAGAUGUGCACACUGUAGCCAGCCAUGCAGAGAAACACCAGUUUCCUAAACUACUUUUAAAAACAUCCUUUGGAUAAGGAAAGUAACUUCAAAAACCCUGUAAGGCACAUGUGGCAGUGGAAGUCUUCAUAUUUGCUCAGAAGCAAGUCCCACUGUUUAGUGAGUUUUCCUCUUAAGUACAUAUAGCAGAAAAGGGGAACCUGUGGUUGUUUAGAUGUUAUUGGGCUCCUAUCGGCCACAGCUAGCAUAGUGAUGUUCAACAACAAUGGGAGCUGCAUAUGGAGGACUACAGGUUCCCCACCAUAGGAGGGUAGCCACAUCGUAAUUGUAGGCUACAAGCUUCAUUGGCUUCAUGCGCAUAUCAAGACUGUUGGUUGGCAUUUGUCUGUUUUGAGAGACAAUGGCAACAUUUAUUGAAUUGGAAUGGGUUUGAGUACUUCAGGGAGUUAUUUGUCAAGCCAGUAAGUUGUGUUUUAAGAUGGCUGAGCUUCCAGUGUCACUCCUGAGCCCAUUAUAUUUUUGGAAAGUGGUUUUUAUGGUUAUGAGGCAUUUAAACACCACCUGAGAUAUCAUCACCAAAUUUCUGCAUGGUGGUUCCAGAGAUAAAGGAGAAAGGUUUUCUGUGUUUGAAUACAUUUCGACACCAUUUUGAAUCAAAAUGAGACUGAACCUUUCAAAACUGCUCUAUUUUUUUGGUUUCUUAGAAUCCCCAAUCAACACUCAAUAUGAAAUAGCUUCCAAACAGCUAAUAGCAACAUCAUUUCUAAAUUGGUGACACCUUUUGUGCUCUUUCAGCUCUAUUACUAAAAGGUCUGAACCAAAAGUAGCCAUCCUGUAGUUAUGGUCCAUCACAGCACUCUUGGUGGCCUGUAAUCCUUUAAUUGUGCUGUGCUUGCAUAAGGUUUUUUUCUAAGACCUCUCCCAGUGUGGUUAGGCCACAGAAUGGUGCCAAGCCACCCUCCUUGUCAGUGCAGAAUAGGAGGCUGUCUUUGCGGUAGAAUGAGGCACACCUCUUGCUUCCUGUUCCCAUGUGAAAGCUAGUGCUGUUUGAAUGGCAGAAGCUGGAUGGGGGAGAUGCUCUACCCAGUCAUUUCUAUAGCAUAGCCCCUUUUUAAUCUAGCAUUCAUUGUCAAGGACCAGGGAGACCCUGGCUCAAAUCCCCCAUUCAGCCAUGAAGCUUACUUGGGCCAGUCACUCUCAGCCUGACUUAAUUCACAGGGAUAAAAGGUAUCCCUGGAUAAAAUGGGAGGCGGGGGGAGAACCUCAAGGGAGCUCAAGGGGGCUUACAAGGAAUGGUGGGAUAAAAAAGCAAUGACAAACAGAUUUUCAGGGCUCUUUUCUUUUUUUGGUAACAAAUGGAUGGGGGUCUGCUUGUAAUGAAAUCCAGGGCUCCUUGUGUUUUCCUAUUGACCUAGAACAACUCCGUGGGAUCUGGGGGCUCUGCACACCCAUCCAUCCUCCCUGUGCACUUUUGAAUUUGUAUUGCUAGCCCAGGUCUCUUGACACCCCCCCCAUCCUCCUUUCUUUCAGACCGUGUUGGCUGUACCUGA